UCGCGGCGAGCCAGCGUGCUCUACAACUUCCAGCAGACCACCAACGGGUUCGCGGCGCCGCUCACCCCCGCGCAGCUGCAGAGAUUAAAGCGCCACCCAUCCGUGGCGUCGGUGCGGCGCUCCCGCGUGUUCCGCAAGCUGACGACCGCGUCGCCCACGUUCCUGGGGCUGCCCAGCACCGUGUGGCCCGCCGUGGGCGGGCGCAGCAAGGCGGGCGCGGGGACCGUGAUCGCGAUCAUCGACACGGGCGUAUGGCCGGAACACCCGUCCGUUCAGCGGGGCGGGCUUUGCAACGUCGCGCCCCGCGGGGUGGGUGGGCAAGUGCCAGACCGAGCGCGGACUUCCCGUCAUCGGCGUGCAGCAACAAGCUCAUCGGCGCGCGGUACUUCGCGGCGGGCUUCCAGAGCGAGAAUGAGGCCGGAUCUGACUUAUGACUGGCUCUCCCCUCGCGACGCUGCCGGCCAUGGCAACCUGGUGUGCGGGAGCAGCAGCAGGCAACUUCGGCGUGACGCUCGGCAGCGCGGGCAAGGCUAGUGGCAUGGCGCCAGCAGCGCGCCUGGCGGUUUACAAGGUGUUCUGGAUGAGCCGCGGGGACCAGUUCGCCACCGAGGCCGACAUCGUGGCCGCCACCAACCAGGCCGUGGCUGACGGGUGG